AGGCAUCAAGCAGGCUGUUAAUUAGCAGGAAUUUGUGUCUGGCAGUCGUUAUAAGAUUUGAGUCGAGCAAUGAGUGAAUACACAUUUAAAAUGUCGCAGCUGAAAUUUGAGGAGAAUUGCAACUUUUUCGAUUUGGCAGCCACCGAAAAUCUCUUCUCCAAGUUGAGCUGCAGCGAUAAAGCCAACAAACAGCGGCAGCAACUCAAUGAAGAAUCAUUUUUGAGUGGCAUCGAGAGAUUCGGCAACGAAGACGACGAGAGUUCAACAAGAUUAUUGGGGCUGGAGCAAGUGCAGCGUCGCUCGAGCAUCGUCUAUGAGAGUGCGCAACUGAAGGCGGCAGCUUUACAGAAUCUGCUCAAGACAUUUGACUCCAGUUGGCUCAACCAGCAGCCGAAGCCAGUGGCCAGCACAGUCCAGCAGCGUCCUGCACCUCAGGCCUAUGGCUUCAAGGAGAUUUACGAACGGAAGAAGCAGCAAUUACUGCAUCAGUGUUUGGAACAGGAACGCACUCAGCGUCAGUUUCACAGUCGUCCGAUGCCCAAUUUUCGGCAGGUGCACGAGCAGCAUGCAAACAAGCUCGUCGUGCAUCGCAUCACUCAUCCCGUGAGUCCAAAUGUGCUCAAAAAGUCGAGGCAAAUGCUGCUGAAGCGCGAUCAAAAAGUCGAGCAAUUCAUUCAGCAGCGCGAAUUGGAUCAAAGACUAGAACAACAGUUACGUCCCAGAACCAAACCCGUGCCCAAGUCAAGGCCAGCUCCACUGAAGCCCCACAAUCGUCCGACUAUCGCACAGUCGCUUAUGAAACCCUUUCGCCUCUCCACAGAACUGCGCGCUGAGCAGCGCAAACAGUUUAAUGCUCAGUCUCAGCUGGCUCAAGAGAAUCGUCGUCGAGAACUCGAGGCACAGCGAAAGCGAGCUGAGCACGAGGAAUAUCUCAAGCAGCGACAAUUGGCUACGUUUCGAGCUCGUCCAAAUCCAUUUCGAAAUCACUAAGCUUGGACCAAGCUACAGUUCACUUUAGAUCUUUUGUUUCUAGUUUCGUUAAAUUGUUGUUUCCGUUCAAACUAUGAUUAAUCUGUAU